CUCUCUCUCAUUCUCAUUCUCAUUCUGCAACAAAACAAAGAAAGAAAAACAAAAAGCUUUUGUGAUAUUUGUUAAAGGAAUGAGGAACGUGUUUUUCAAAUCACCUUCACCUUCACCUUCUAGAACAGCGAUGAUUCCACCAACUUCACCUAGCCGCACUUUCUCUGAGUCUCUAAUGGACGAGAACAUUGAGAUUGCUGAGUCUCUUAUUACCAAAUGGGACUCUACAAACGUUUCUUCCUUUGCAAACGUCACCUCGCUUUUCCACGCCGAUCCUCGCGAGGCUAAACAGUAUUUCAACUCUGUUAGAGACUUACAGGCCGCUAUGCAGCACUUGGUUACCGAGAACUCGAGCUCUGAAAAGAUUGUCGUGGCUCAGAAUUUGAUGCAACUUGCUAUGAAGAGGUUGGAGAAGGAGUUCUAUCAGAUUUUGUCUGUCAAUAGGGCUAACUUGGACCCUGAAUCGGUUUCGGUUCGCUCGUCGAGAUCUUCGGCGGCGAGGUCGAGCACUUCGGAUUUUGAGGAAAGCGAUGAGUCGGAGGAGUAAGAGUUCCGAUUCGGGACUGAGUUGGAUAACUCGCUCUCCGAUGUGAAGCGAGUUUCGAUGAUGGCGAUGGCGGAUUUGAAAGCCAUUGCGGAUUGUAUGAUAUCGUCUGGUUAUGGAAGAGAGUGCGUCAAGAUUUACAAGACAAUUCGGAAAUCGAUUGUCGAUGAGUCGCUGUAUCAUCUCGGUGUUGAGAGGCAGAUUAGUCUUUCACACUUGCAAAAGAUGGAUUGGGAAAUGGUGGAGUUGAAAAUCAAAACCUGGUUGAACGCAGUGAAGGUCGCCGUGAAAACACUCUUUUACGGCGAGAGAAUUCUCUGUGACCACGUAUUCUCAGCCUCGGAUUCUAUCAGAGAGUCUUGCUUCUCUGAGAUUUCCAAAGAGGGCGCACUAAUCCUGUUUGGAUUCCCGGAAACCGUGGCAAAGUGCAAGAAAACCCCGGAGAAAAUGUUUCGCACACUGGACCUAUACGAAGCAAUAUCAGACCUCUUGCCUGAAAUCCAAUCCAUCUUCUCGUACGAGUCAACCUCCACCGUCCGAUCACAGGCCAUUAAUUCCUUGAUCAAACUCGGCGAUGCGGUGCGUACAAUGUUAACGGAUUUCGAAACCGCCAUUCAAAAAGACCCGUCAAAAGCUACAGUCCCAGGCGGUGGGGUCCACCCAUUGACACGUUACGUGAUGAACUAUAUCUCUCUCCUCGCCGAUUACAGUGACGCACUCGCCGAUAUAGUCGCCGACUGGCCUUUAAAUCUACAAACUCCAUUACCUGAAUCAUAUUUCGGUAGCCCAAGCGAGCUUGAUGAUAGCCCAGUUUCCGUACGAUUUGCGUGGCUAGUCUUGGUUUUACUCUGCAAACUCGACGGCAAAGCCGAGCUAUACAAGGACGUGGCGCUCUCGUACUUGUUCUUAGCCAAUAAUCUCCAAUACGUCGUCGCCAAGGUCCGCAGUUCGAAUUUGAAGCUUUUUCUCGGUGAUGAUUGGGUGAAUAAGCAUGAGUUGAAGGUGAAACAGUACGCUUCGAAUUACGAGAGAAUGGGAUGGAGCAAAGUGAUAUCUUCGUUGCCGGAAGAUCCAACGGCUGAGAUUUCGCCGGACCAAGCGAGGGACUGUUAUAAGAAAUUCGGGGCGGCGUUUGAAGAGGCUUAUAAGAAACAGAGUUCGUGGGUCGUGCCCGACCCGAAACUGAGAGACGAGAUUAAAGUUUCGGUGGCGAGAAAGCUUGGUGCGGCAUACGGGAAUUUCUAUGAGAAGAAUCGGGGCGGGCCGGGGUCAUUUGUCAAAUUUGCCCCUGAUGAUUUGGGGAAUUACUUGUCGGAUUUGUUCUAUGGGAAUGGGAGUACAGGGAGUGUUUCGUCACAUUCGAGUGGCAUACGUGGACAUUGAGAUUUUUAUUUUGGCCGGUUGUUCUAGCCGGCGUUGGAAGUUUUUGAGGCUUGGGUGUUUUAUGCCGAACAAGUAUAUGGACAAAGUAGCGCGUAAAUAAUAAUUGACACAUGUAUAGAGAACGAUACAUUUGGUGCGAUUCUACAUAUGCAACUAUGUACCAAUUUUUUUUUUUUUUUUAGAAUAAACGGAAGAAUUUUAUUCAAUGAAAGAAUAAAUUUAUACAAGAACAAGGCAGCAUCAAGGAGAGCUAAAGAAAACUGCACUAGCUACUGAGCUUUCCCAACACCUAUCAAAAACAGCAGCUAUAUGCAAGGUUACAUCAAGGGGAGCUAAAGAAUUUUCUCAAAAAAA